UUGGAACUAUAUCGACGUUUGCAUGCACAGAAAAGCACAACGCACAAUUGUGAACAAAGAUUUAAUGUGAAAGACUAACACAUUAAAUGGCCGUGAGAGAGAGUUUUAUGCUCGUGAGGAUAAAAUCUGAAGCUUCUCAAGCUAGCUUAGCAUGCUAGCUGCUAACAAAGACACGCGGAAGUGAUCAACAUCGCUAAGCAGAGACCGAGUGUGAGUGUAAAGUGGGAUCGUGUGAAAAUGUGUCAAGUCCAAAUGCUGAGAGCGUUGGUGAAUCAGCGACUAACUGCGGCUGUUGAAGAAAUAUUUGUAGUGUUGGAAAGAACCAUAGCAGAGUACGAGGAGGAACUUUCUCGAACAAAAGAGGAGAACGAGCGACAACGUCAACUACUGGACGCCGUUUUCAGGAAGCAUCAAGAAGAAGCACACGGAGGAGGAGACAGCAGCGAAGAAGAUGAUUUGCCCGAGCAGCAGGAGUGGAGCUUCAGGGUGGAGCUGGGGCAGCCACAGAUUAAAGAGGAGGAGGAGGAGCACAGCAUCAGCCAGGAGGGAGAGCAUCCGGAAGGACCGGAGGAGUUCCCAGUGAUCGGUGUCAUUGUGAAGAGUGAAGAUGAUGAAGACGAAGGUGAGGAGAAGAGAGAGGCGGAGCCUCCAACAGAAGCUGAUGGAGACCACUGUGGAGGAUCACCAGCAGACAAGCUCUUAGCUCCACUAUCAGAUAGUGAGCACACGACGUCACACUCUCCUGACACUGAUGAUGAUGAUGAUGAAGACUCUACAGCUGAUAUGACAUGUCACCCUGACAACACACGCUUGAAAUGCCACCACUGUGACAAGAGCUUCGGCAACAAGAAAACUCUAAAGACACACAUGACAUGUCACACUGACAGAAAGUGGAAAUGCUCUCAAUGUGGCAAAGCUUUCAACCGCAAAUCGUCUCUGGAAAGGCACAUGAGGAUCCACACAGGAGAAAAACCAUACGUCUGCUCAGUUUGUUGUCACGCGUUUUCUCAGAGCGCCACUCUGACAGCCCACAUGAGAAGACACACCGGAGAGAAACCGUUUUCCUGUUCAUUCUGUAAUUUACGUUUUUUUCGGAGCCAACAUUUGAAAACACACAUGAGAAUACACACUGGAGAAAAAUAUUAUUCCUGUUCAGUCUGUGGUGCGAGUUUUGUACAGAGUCAACAUUUGAAAACACACAUGAGAAGACACACGGGAGAAAAACCAUACGCCUGUUCAAUCUGCAACAAACGCUUUUCCGUUCGAACAACACUUGUUAGACACACGAGAACACACACUGGAGAGAAAGUGCUGAGUUGCAGCGUGUGUGAUGAAAGGUUCUCCUACAAGUACCAGCUUAACAAUCACGCCUGUGCUCCUGACAACAGCAGCGGUACAUGAAGCUGCACCACUUGGACUCACCUGUCAAGACUCUGAUCACUUUGAACAUCACCGCCACAUGUAACGUGUGUGUAACAAUGUUGUGUGUAUAACACAAUCUUGGUCAUAUGCUUUGCCAUUUAAAUACAAUAAA